UUAUCUUAGUCACUUACCAUCAAUGGGUCGAGAAUUAAUUACUUUGCAAGCAGGUCAAGCUGGAAACGCGAUCGGUCAUUCCUUCUGGCAACAGCUCUGUCAAGAACACGGUAUAUCACAGGAUGGUACACUUGAAGAUUACGCUCAGGAUGCAGGUUUUGAUAGAAAGGACGUCUUCUUCUAUCAAGCAGAUGAUGAUCAUUACAUACCAAGAUCUAUUUUGGUCGAUUUAGAACCUAGAGUUAUCAACAACAUUUUAUCCUCUCCUUUCGCAAACCUAUACAAUCCUGAAAACAUAUACGUAUCACAGGAUGGCGGUGGUGCAGCUAAUAACUGGGCUAUGGGUUAUCACGCUGCAGAGCGCAUAUAUGAUGAAGUCUUCGAUAUGAUUGAUCGCGAAGCUGAUGGUUCGGAUUCUUUAGAAGGUUUUAUGCUUUUACAUUCUAUCGCUGGUGGUACUGGUUCUGGUUUAGGUUCUUUCUUACUUGAAAGAUUAAACGAUAGAUUCCCAAAAAAACUCAUUCAAACUUACUCUGUUUUUCCAAAUAAUCAAGAAACUUCUGACGUUGUCGUUCAACCUUAUAAUAGCAUUUUAGCUUUAAAGAGACUCGUAAAUCAUGCCGAUAGUGUCGUUGUUCUUGAUAAUGCAGCACUUUCUAGGAUUGCAGCUGAUAGAUUACACGUUCAAAACCCAUCAUUCUCUCAAACCAAUCAAUUGGUCUCGACUGUUAUGUCUGCAUCAACGACGACCUUAAGAUAUCCCGGUUAUAUGAACAAUGACCUUUCCAGUAUAAUCGCGUCACUUAUACCGACACCGCGUUGUCACUUCUUAAUGACAUCAUUUACACCAUUCACUUCUGAUCAAAUUGAAAAAGCGAAAUCAAUACGUAAAACUACAGUUUUAGAUGUAAUGCGCAGAUUAUUGCAACCUAAGAAUAGAAUGGUCUCAGCUCCAACGUCAAAGACGAGUUGUUACAUAUCUUUACUUAAUAUUAUUCAAGGUGAUGUUGAUCCAACUGAUGUUCAUAAAUCUUUAUUACGUAUACGUGAAAGACAAUUAGCAAACUUUAUUCCAUGGGGACCUGCUUCAAUACAAGUUGCACUUACACGUAAAUCGCCUUAUGUGCCUUCAAGCCAUAGAGUAAAUGGAUUAAUGUUGGCAAAUCAUACGUCAAUUGCAUCACUUUUCAAGCGUGUAAGAGAUCAAUAUGAUCGAUUAAUGAAGAGAAACGCGUUCUUAGAACCAUAUAAACGUGAAAGAAUGUUCUCAAAUAAUAUGGAUGAAUUCCAUGACUCUAGAGAAGUUGUUCAAGAUAUGAUAGAUGAAUAUCAAGCAUCAGAAAGACCUGAUUAUACAGAAUAUCACGCACAUCAAGAUGAUAAUUAACAAUAAAUUAGUAAGAUUUUGUACAAUAAUUGUAAUGAAUAGUAAACUUCUACUCCUUAA